AAACACAAUACUUUAUUCUUCUAUCCAAACAGACGGACAAACAAACCAACGUCAAUGGCAACAUUACCCACUCUCCAACUCCCAACGACACCGUUUGCUUCUCCACGCGCUUCAUUCCCCUCUACACUCAAGCCCCACUGCUUCUCCUUCACCGUUCGCGCCACUACCGAUGAUGAUUCACCUUCCCAACCCGUAUCCGCAUCUGAAUCCGAUGGCGACCCUUUCGAGUCUCGUCUAUCCAACGUCCGCCUCCGCUACCGAAGCGGAACCGGAAAGAAAGCUGAGGUCAGGAAGUCCAAGAAAGGAGUAUCGAAAUCUGGAUCAGGAUCUGGAAUGUACCUACCGCCGGUGGCAUUAAAGCAGCCGGUGUCAGAUGGUUUGAAAGUGGAGUUUGGGUUUAGCCCGUAUAGCGAGCGGUUAAAUGGACGGAUUGCGAUUUUGGGGUUAACAGCGUUAAUUUUGGUGGAGUUGGCGACUGGUAAAGGUGUAAUUAAUUACCACACGCCGGCAAUAGUUUUAAUUCAGGUGUAUUUCGUAGCGGCGGUUGCUGGUUUGUAUAUUAAGUAUGAGAAGGAGAAAGUUAGCGUUUGGCCUCAAUCUUCUCCUUCUCCGGCCAAAGAAUGAAAUUUUUAAGAAUUUCUAAUAUUCCUUUUGUUUUUAAAUUUUUAUUGGAAAAUUUUGUGUUAAUUAAUAAUUAUGUUGGGUUUGGUUAA